GCAGCUCAUCGCUGUGCACCACCACGUUGAGCUGGGCACGCCGCUGCUCGGAUUCAUGUUCGAUUGCCUGAGCGUGAGCUACGGUUGCCUUGCCGAACACGAGGAGGUUCUGCUGCGGCACAGGCACAUCUCUGAGAUCGCCCAAGAGUUCCGUAGAAUUACCGUGCCUGCGUGUACGAGGCAGUUUAAUGAGGGGAUACGAAUCACCGUGGCAUGCCAUCACUGCUCCGUUGAGUUCAUCGAUUCGUUGUCGUGCGGGCUCAAAACCGUGAGCACGAGCAUGUGCGGGAGUCUGCACCGCACCGUAAAUCGCGUUCACCGGGACAUUGCAGAGCUGCCGUACACCAAGUGCUUGUUCCACGCACCGUGGAGGACUUGGAAAUGCUCCGCUGCGAUGCUGCGCCCGACACAAGCUCUAGAUUUGAGGGCAAAUGCUGCAGCACUGCGGUGCACGGAGUGCAAGCAGCGUUCUAUCUCUCCAAUAAUGCGAACUUUGGUCGGGUCAGCCUGCACACGACCGACUCGCACUUCAUGUUUGGUGCGGACAGAGGGUCGGAGAGCCACUUUUUGGAGCUGA